AAAAAUAGAAGUCGAAAUGCACCACCCUAAAGUACACCCCUGGCGAAAAGGCCUUUUCUGUCGCAUACGCACACACCAUUGCGCAUAAAUCAUCCGCCUUCGGCACGGCACACACACGGGCGAAGGAUACACCACAAAACGCUUCUAGUACGGACGUCCUGGUACAAAGAAAGAAACGCUUUCAACUGCCAGCUUCAGUCGACUCAAUUUACACACACAACCUCCCGCAAUCGUGAAUCGUCGCCGCUUGCGGAACGCCGAGACAAAAAUCGUGUGGCCGGCAAGUGAAGCAGCCGUCAUUGUUCUGCUGCGACGGAGCAAACCAACGCGAGUUUUAUUAUUGAUAAAAGUCAAGAAUUUUGCAUCCGAAUCAAUCGGGAACGCAGUGUCCGUCACGGCAGUGAUUUUUUUUCAUUCCGGUCGCGUCCAGUGCACAGAGCUUAAGCGGAAUGGCUCAUAGAUUGAAGCACGUCGCAAUCCCCGGAGAACACAUUGGAGUGGAAAAGUAAAGAACGAUUGGCCACCCGUUUGGAGAAAUAUCCGGCACUGAACGAUCGAAUCCCGGUGCUCGUCGUAGUGGAUGAGUGGCACUCGUCAGUGAGCAAAGGAGGUGCCAAACUAGAAGGAUCGUUAUUCCCCGACCGUCGAAGAAUCAUCUUGGAGGAAAGAGUCAAUUCCAACCGAUCGAAUUCCAUCCCCUUCCGCGGGCGAACCGUCUCCGGCAAACAAAGGUGGACACUUGUCCGUGAAAGAAGAGGAUCAACAGGCCCCAUUCAAGGGUGAGUUUCACUGCUCGGGAGACAUUGACGGAAUGCUAAUGAUGUGAUUUGCAGGGCCUCUUUUCGGUCUUCAAGUUGUGCAUCUACUGAUCGGACGAAGCGGGCUGAACCGGAUCACUUCGGCACUCGGAGAGUUGUCGGCGCGAGUCAACGGAAGUGAACAUCCCAGUCGUGUGUGGUGAAGUCAACGGUGAAAGCCGGACGUUUGCGAGGACUCCCCUGCGGAAAGUGCAGCACCCAACGAAGUGACUUCGACCGGCGCGUGACGAAGACGUGUGCGUGAAACGUGAGCGCCCGGGUACCGAUCCGGACUCGAGUCAGCAGCGAGAAGAGCCCGACGUCUGAGAUUCCCGCCGGAAGGAUGUGUGACAGGGGUCCGCGCUUGAUGCGUCUGAAAAGCGGUCUGGUGGAUGUAAGAUGUCGCAGGUCAGGUAGCUACCUAUAGGACGGGCCCGUGAGUAGAGAGAAAACUAUAGCUUGUAAGAAUAUGAUCUAGUUAGGCCACAAUCCAGAAAGGGGGCCGUAGGAGCUAGGAAUGUGGGAGGAAGCUCUUUUGAGAUAAUAAAAUCUAGUAAAAUGUAUGAUUUGUGAGUUGGUGCUUUAGGCCUUGAAGUGUUUGUGCCCGAGAUAUCCAUGCUGUUCGGUAGUCCUGCUCUACCAGGCCGGGAACCUGCAACACUGGCGCCCAACUGAAAAUCCACACAUUAAAAACUACCGUUUAGCGAUUUUUUUGUUUGGUUUGAUGAAAUUUGGUUUUGCGCAAUUUCGAUUAUCUGGCCUACGAUUAUCGAAACAAUUUUAGCCCUUUACGCAUACAAUUCGAAAGUGUAAUGGAUUAUACACAAUUGACUGACGAAGAGGUGACCUACGAGCUGGCUUUACGCCACGUAGUCAACCUAGGACCAACGACCCACAGAGGGAAGGUCCUUCGGCUCAAGGCACUCAUGCAAGAGGAGUCCUUGAGAGACAGUAAGCCCACCAGCUCGGAACAUGUCAUGAGUUCCCAGUCCAAUCUAGAACAAUGUGAAUCGCAAGUUCACCAGCUGCAUAUUAGCGCCGAAGCUGCCAUUCGGACGGCUAACAGCGCAGCCUUAAGUCAAAUCCGGACUCGUCUGUACCAUUACCGCGAUCGCUUGCAGUUGAUUCAACCUCCAACCGAACUGCGGGAAACUCAUGCAAUGUUAUCGGUGCACGUAAACGUUUUACUAGAUAAGGUGAACGGAACAAGUGUAGUGAAUGGUGUACCGCGAAGUGAGAGUGUUGUGAGUCAAGCAACUUCGACUGGAGCCAUAAGGAGGAACAACGGCGGAGAUGAAGGAGCAGUCGGAGGAGAAACCACAAUGACAGUGGAAAGCACUUCGAGACAAGACACUACACCACCACCAGCAGUGCAGCCACCGCUCGUGACGUCAUUCCCGGGUGGACAAGGCAGAGGAUUGUUGUUCUCGAGUUCGUUCCAAACGCAAGACAGCGAAGAAGCAGAACAAGCAGAUACGAGGCACCGAAACACCUCACCUCCCCCUCCCUACCUGCCGCGAGAUCGGGAAACAUGGAACCCGUCGACCAGGGAACAAGAAUCGCGGGAAAACCGCGAAUUGCAAGCAAGAAUCAGGGAGAUGCAGGAGAGAGAACAACACAUGCGUGAGGAGUACUACAGAAUGCGAGACGACCUGGAGCGGUUGAUCCGCCGAGAGCGACCAGCACCGGAACGAGCGGACGAUCGCCGAAUACAGAAGGCCGUUCACAACUGGCCUUUCAAAUUUCGCGGCGAGAAGGACACGACAUCACUCAACGUGUUCCUAGAUCGCGUGGAGACAUGCGCGAGAUCGGAAGGCAUGAGCGAUGCUACACUCCUGAGUUCGAUCAAGCAUCUGCUCCAAGAGGACGCAAUCGACUGGUACUCACGAGCAACGUCGCAAAACUUGUUGCGGACUUGGGACCAGUUCAAGCGAGAGAUUCGAAGAGAAUUCCUGCCCAGCGGCUACUCCCAAAUUCUCCGUCUGGAAGCUAGCUUCCGUUUCCAAGGAAGGGAGGAAUCCUUCGCGAAAUUCUAUCGCGACAUUUCAGCGCUCUUCCGCUUCGUCGAUCCACCAAUUCCAGACGACGAAAAGUUCUUCCUGGUGAAGAAGAACAUGAACGAGAACUACGCAGCUAUCGUCACAGCAGCGAGACCUCGUUCACUGGAAGAAAUGGUGGAAGUCUGCACCGGAUACGACGAGACGAGAAUGCUUCUGAACAGGCAACGUAGGAUUCCGAUUCCGCACAGCGCGCUUCUGGAACCGAACUUCGCCACGCCAGUGAUAACCAGCAGACCACCACCGGUUCAGCAUCGCCAACAGCCACAGCGGUUCAACAGAGUUCACGCCGUGGAGGUAGAAGAAAGCGCUUACGAGCACGAAGCAGUGGAGGAGGGACCAGAAGACAAUUGGCAGCAUACCAUCGACGAACUGGUUGAGCAAGUCAACGCGCUGAAGAUGAACCUGGAGCGGAGAUCUGCGAGGCCAAACUUUGCCGCACGCGACGAGAAGCAGUCAAGAUCGACGGACAGGUACAACCGUACAGAAGCUGAUGUUCUGAGAGCAGCGCGACAGUACACAAGAGAAGCGCAAACUCCGACACAGCAGCAGCGGCCACAAGCCACAUCGUUUCCGACUCGGCAACCACAACAGCAGCAAGAACAGCCGCAAAGAGCACAGGGCUGGCAAGCGCGACAGUGGAUUCAAAGCUCGGAUCCGAGCGACAAUAAUCGAAGAUGCCAACGUCUGCUGCCAGAACCAGGUAGACAACGGGAAGAUCGACAAGUAGAACAGCAAGAAGCUCACAACGACCAACGCCCAGCCAUGCUCUGCUGGAACUGCGACGAGGAGGGCCACAGAUUCAUGGACUGUCCGAAACCACAAGCCAUUCUCUUCUGCUACCGGUGUGGACGGAAGGGCUACUCGUUGCGCAGUUGCUUCACGUGUCGCACGGACGCGUUAAACUACCCAGCGGAGAACCAGCAAUAGAGGGGAGCAGCUCUCCGCAAAAUCUCGGAGACCCCUCCGACAUCCCGGAAUUUCAAAACCUCAACUCAAUCAUUAUCAACCCCGGAAGUGACAAUAGACCGCACGCCGUCAUAUCAGUGCUGGGAAAGGAGUUAACAGCUUUGCUGGAUAGCGGA